AUUUCGUGCGGCCACUGUGGGAGUUGAAAAGCCUGUUCCACCGCCAGCAGCAAGGUAGACUUGUUUCGAGCUAAGAACCUUUGUUGCACAAGUCUGGCGAAGUGGAGGACAAAUCUUGUUCGCCUCGGCUUAAUAUCGCAGCAAACUACCGAGCCACGAUGUCAUUGAACCAACUGAGCAACUCAGAAAACCAGGAUUUAUCUUUGUUCCACCUGAACUGUGGUCUGAUUGUUCGGAACGGGAUUUCUUUUGUGUAGCGGUAUACCCCUGGUUAGCACAACGGUCCUCAUUCCUCCCCCUGCCCAAGAUUUUGAUCCUCAUCUGUUUAGCAGAAACUGGUAACCAGCAUAACCGGGACUCAAACGGAACCAAUGCUGAAUGGGUAACCGGGAGCCCAUUCCUUGCUUUAAAUCACACGGCCGUCUUAAAAAUCCAGGAAAAUAAGCAACUUCACAGCACGGAUGUAUUCGCCGACGUAAUUUGACCGUAAUACUUACUCGAACAAAAUCUCAAAAAGUGGUCGGAAAAAGAGCACCGUUUUCGCAGGAGUAAUGCUCACUAUGGCAGCCUCGAACACCACUGUUUGUGAACAGGAUGACUCCUUUAAGUAUACUUUGUACAGUAGCGUAUACAUAAUGGUUUUCGCCGUCGGCCUCGUGUCAAACUGUGUGGCCCUGUAUGUUUUGAGGUGCUCCUUAAAAUUAAGAAACGAAACCAUAACAUAUAUGACAAACCUGGCCGUGUCAGACCUGCUGUUUGUCUUUACGCUGCCGUUUCGGAUUUUCUACUACUCGAACCGGCACUGGCCCUUUGGGGAUUUGCUGUGCAAAGUUUCGGGGACUCUGUUUCUCACGAACAUGUAUGGGAGUAUCCUCUUCUUGACCUGCAUUAGCGCCGAUCGUUUUCUGGCUAUCGUCCACCCUUUUAAAUCGAGAAUGCUGAGGACGAGGAGAAAUGCUAUCAUUGUGUGCAUUGCCGUGUGGCUGACCGUGCUGGCAGGAAGUGUUCCAGCGACUUUCUUGAAAACCACCAAUUUAAUAGGCAAUAACACAGAAACCUGCUUUGAAAAUUUUUCCAACGAUACCUGGAAGAAAUUUUUGUCAAAGAUUGUAAUAUUUAUCGAGAUAGUCGGUUUUGUAAUUCCGCUGUUGCUAAACAUGUUCUGCUUUUCAAUGGUGCUGAGGACUUUAAGACAGCCCAUUACUCUUUCUCGUAGUAAGUUCAACAAGAAGAAAAUCCUGCGAAUGAUUGUUGUCCAUUUCCUCAUUUUUGUCUGCUGCUUUGUGCCAUACAAUAUAACCCUAGUGUUGUAUUCGCUGGUAAGGACCGGAGCGGUGAGAAAUUGCUCAGUGGUAACUGCAGUCAAAACAAUGUAUCCCAUCACACUAUGCUUUGCUGUCUCCAACUGCUGUUUUGACCCCAUCGUUUAUUAUUUCACUUCUGAAACCUUUCAGAAUUCAAUCAAGAGGAAGUCUAAGUCCCUAAGGCUCAACUCUGAUUUGGAAUCCUUGCACACCACAGGCUUCCUCGCCAAUAGUUUGCGGACAUUGAAAUCUAAAACACUUAGUUUAGACUCAACUGUUUAGUAACCAAGUACAAAUUCUUAUCAUCACAUUUUGAUGCACGCAGAUUAUUUCUUUGAGUACGUGACCUACUACACUUGAAAACUACAUUAAUUAUCGCCACCGUCAGUGGGGUGUGGUUAAUGGUUAGCAAACAAGAGUUUUCGGUCUUUCGUCUAGGAUUGAAAACGAAUGGUUUAUGUAGCGCUACCGUGGAAGCCAUCGGGGGAAAGUGUAAAAGGGAUACGUUGACGAUGUAAUAUCCACAUAUUUUUUUAAUGUUCACAUUUAACUCAGUAAAAACCAGGUGAAUAACAAAUCUUAAAAUGAGGUACAAAGGAACCAUAGCCAGAGAAAAUUUAGAUCCCAAAGUAUUGCUUUUACUGAGAUCACUCAUUUAAGAUUUCUCUAACGAUGAAUUGUACAGUAAUUAUUAUUAAAGGCAUAUUUUUAAACAUUUGUAUCUACAUAAAAAUAAAUUAAUGUUCUAACA